GAAAGCAGUGAAAUAUUUGUGUUCUCAACAUGUGCUGGAAAGUGUCUGAAGCAUAAAUACACAACUUAUUUCCAUUCGUCCUGCGAUGGAAAAUUCGCUGAUGCAAUGAAACGACGUGAAACGAUUUGUUUAAGUAGAAAUAGAAAGCUACAUUAGUUUGUCUGAAUGAAAAUAUUUCCGUGCCGAAAACCAUGAAAAUGGGACUGAACACAUCUUCCAUGCGCAGGCGUGGCUGCCUGUACGGCAUCGUACUGGUGCUGAUACCGUGCACGGUACUGAUAGUGGUGAUCGGAACCGACUACACCUCCGAGCAGUCGAUGUCGCAGCGCAUGGCCGAGUUCCAGAUGCGCAUGCAGUAUCUCGAGUCGAUGUACCGCACGAAACAGGAGGACGUUGCGAUCCUGUCGCAGUAUUUGCGGCUGGCCGCACUAAACGGUGUGAACGCAGCCGGUGGCACCAGCGCCACCGACGGGGCUAACGUGUCGCUGACCAACCUCGAUCUACUGGACGGUUUGAGUGCGGACUCGCGCUCCCUUAUCCGAAACGUGACGUCAACGGCGCGGCUAGCGGAAAACCUCAAGCUCCCGACAGCAUUUCACUUUUUGCCGCACCUGUUGGACGACUCCAGCUCGCUGCAACCGAGCUACAUCGAGAGCAGAAAGCGACAGGGUGUCUCGAUCGUGCUGGGCAUUCCAACGGUGAAGCGCGACAAACAGUCCUAUCUGGUGGAAACGAUAGACAAUCUCAUCUCGAAUAUGGACGAGGAGGAACAGAACGAUACCAUGGUCGUGGUGUACGUCGGCGAGACGGAUCUCGACUACGUCAAGCUGGUAGCGCACCAGAUACGUACACGCUUCGGGAGCUACAUCGAUAAUGGGUUCCUCGAGAUCAUCGCACCGGCCACCUCGUACUAUCCGAACAUGAACAACCUCCGGCAGACGCUGAACGAUUCGCUCGAACGGGUCCGGUGGCGUUCGAAGCAGAAUCUCGACUUUGCGUUCCUGAUGGCGUACGCACAACCGAAGGGUGCCUUCUACCUGCAGCUGGAGGACGACAUCCUCACGAAGAAGGGCUUCGUGACGAUAAUGAAAAAUUUCGCCCUGGAGAAAACGGCCAAAAAAGAGCACACCAAUUGGUUCGUGCUGGACUUUUGCCAACUAGGUUUCAUAGGAAAAAUGUUCAAAUCCGCCGAUCUGCCUUGGUUAAUAACAUUCUUCCAGAUGUUCUUUAACGAUAAGCCCGUCGACUGGUUGCUGUACCACCUGAUCUACACGAAAGUGUGCAGUGUGGAAAAGGAUGGCAAAAGCUGCAAGCAGGAGAUGUCCAAACUGUGGAUCCACUACAAGCCCUCACUGUUCCAGCACAUCGGCACACAGUCUUCGCUCAAGGGCAAGGUGCAAAAGCUGAAGGACAAACAGUUUGGCAAAAUACCAAACUUUCAUCCACAUCGCAAUCCGCCGGCCACGGUGCGCACCGGCAUACAGCCGUACAAAUCGUACACCCUGCAGAAGGCGUACGCGGGCGACAGUUUCUUCUGGGGCCUGAUGCCACAGCCGGGCGAUCUAAUCGAAUUUCGCUUCAAACAACCUACUACCAUUCGACGAUUUUUGUUUCGAAGUGGGAAUUUCGAGCAACCGUCUGACCGGUUCUACAACACCACCGUGGAAGUGCUCCCGGCGAACGGCAAUGGUUCGGCGAUCAGUGCCACGUUGCCUUACAAUGUCACCAAGGACGGGUUUCUCGUGGUGGGUAGUUUCAAUAACUACGGUAUUGCGGAAGGCGAGAUCGAUACGAAGAUCGGCAAGCUGAAGGAGCUCCGACUGCACGUCAACAGUGACAGCCAAAAUUGGGUUAUUUUACGAGAGAUUUAUUUGCAGAGUAACAGCGUUCGGUGACAGAAACACUAUCGUAUGCUCGACCCGUUCGGAGCGAGUUCUCACACGAAAUCGGAAACGGUGGCAUUCUUCUUGGGUGAUAAGAAACAGAUGCGUUCAUCCGAUAGAGGCACCACUUUCCGUCGCCAGCGGGUGAGUCGUGAUAAAAGCCCCUCAAAAGCACCCAAUCCGGGUGGUCGAAAAGAUCGUAGGAAACCACCAAACGCAAAAAUGAACAUUUAAAUAUCGGUUAAAGGAAGCCGAUCAAAGGAGGCGGCUUAAGAGGCGGUUUGGAAGAUAGAAAUGAUCUGUCUGCGUAUAAUCGCAACCUACAUCGUAAUCUCAAAAGAUCUGGGCAUACGCCACGCGACGGGAAGAAUCUCAUGACAUGGAAUCAUGUACUCGUAUUGUUACGUAUUGCACCGGCAGCGUUUGCGCAUUUUGUGUCUAAAUAAUUGUAAGUGUUGGCAAAUGUAUAGGUUUGGUUUAGUAUUCCCCUCCUUUACUCGAAUGUAAGAUGCAUAAAUGUGUACAGUGUUAUCUACCGCGGCCAGUGUACGGUCGUCGUCUUCAAUGUGAUCCCGCAAUUGGUUUAGCCACAAUUGAAUCGCACAGCUAUUGGAUAUCUAUAUUGUGUAGGAUUAGUUUUUACGCCAUGUUAUAUGAAAUUGGACAGUAUCCGUAUUAUUCGCGCUAUUUUUUAUCGAUGUUUGUACACGUGGGCGUAAGUAAGUGUGUGUUUGUGGAUGUGUGUAAUGUGUAUUUUGAUAGCUGUUAUGUUACGGGUAACGUAACAUUAAGCCUUAUCGCCCAGGGAAAUCGUUAGCGAUCGUCAAUAAUGGUCACAAGUUAAUUGUGAAUGAAUCGAACACUCGACGGCUACUGACGAUCGUUAACUUGUUUUUUUGGUGAUAAGCCUUAUUCAUAGGAAAACAAGGGAAAUAACACAUCCGGAAUAUUGAGAUAGCUAGCCAGUCUAACAGUAUCGUAAACGAAAGUAAUUAUUCAACCGUAUACUCAUUUGUGUCCCGAAAUUAUUACCAGUAUAUGAAGGAUAGUAAUGGAAGUGUCGUUAAUAUUUUUUACAAAAUUUA